AUGGUCCGGUCGAUCUGGUUCCCGACCCGGUACCCCACCCGGUUGGCCCGGUUGGUCCGACUCCCCACACGGUCGGUUCGGCGCCCCGUGCGGAUGAGCCGGAUGAUCCGGUUCCCCAUCCGGAUGGUCCGGUCGAUCCGGUUCCCGACCCGGUACCCCACCCGGUUCCCCACCCGGAUGGUCCGGCUUCCUACCCUAGACCCGAUCGGUCCGGUUCCCUUCCCGGAUGACCCGGAUGAUCCGGUUCCCCGGUCGGAUGGUCCGGUUGAACCGGUUCCCGACCCGGUACCCCACCCGGUUGGCCCGGUUGGUCCGACUCCCCACACGGUCGGUUCGGCGCCCCGUGCGGAUGAGCCGGAUGAUCCGGUUCCCCAUCCGGAUGGUCCGAUCGAUCCGGUUCCUGACCCGGUACCCCACCCGGUUGGCCCGGACCCGACCCGGUUCCCCACCCGGAUGGUCCGGCUUCCUACCCUAGACCCGGUCGGUCCGGUUCCCUUCCCGGAUGACCCGGAUGAUCCGGUUCCCCGGUCGGAUGGUCCGGUUGAUCCGGUUCCCGACCCGGUACCCCACCCGGUUGGCCCGGUUGGUCCGACUCCCCACACGGUCGGUUCGGCGCCCCAUGCGGAUGACCUGGAUGAUCCGGUUCCCCAUCCGGAUGGUCCGGUCGAUCCGGUUCCUGACCCGGUACCCCACCCGGUUGGCCCGGUUGGUCCGACUCCCCACACGGUCGGUUCGGCACCCCGGUUCCCCAUCCGGAUGGUCCGGUCGAUCCGCCGGGACCCGACCCGGUUCCCCACCCGGAUGGUCCGGCUUCCUACCCUAGACCCGGUCGGUCCGGUUCCCUUCCCGGAUGACCCGGAUGAUCCGGUUCCCCAUCCGGAUGGUCCGGUCGAUCCGGUUCCCGACCCGGUACCCGACCCGGUUCCCCACCCGGAUGUUCCGGCUUCUUACCCUAGACCCGGUCGCCUAGAUCCGGUUCCCUUCCCGGAUGACCCGGAUGAUCCGGUUCCCCGUCCGGAUGGUCCGGUUGAUCCGGUUCCCGACCCGGUACCCCACCCGGUUGGCCCGGUUGGUCCGACUCCCCACACGGACGGUUCGGCACCCCAUGCGGAUGAUCCGGAUGAUCCGGUUCCCCAUCCGGUUGGUCCGGUCGAUCCGGUUCCCGACCCAGUACUCGACCCGGUUCCCCACCCGGAUGGUCCCGCUUCCUACCCUAGACCCGGUACCCGACCCGGUUCCCCACCCGGAUGGUCCGGCUUCCUACCCUAG